AAUUCCACUCGGGGAUUGAGUAAAGAGCAGAUCACAACUCCUGAAUAGUUCGAGUCAGACGCAGAGAUGAUUUUCAAUUAUCAUAAUUUCGAUGAGGUGUUCGAGUUUGACCCCGAAUGUACCUACGACGACGAGACAGUUGCCGCCAUCGAGCAAAAUCGCAAAGAUCUGGAAGGCCUCUUUAUUGAACGAGUAAUGAAGGCACUGGGAAUCAAAAGACCAGCCAAAUACUAUCCUCCAAAGUCGAAUAGUGAUCUUAGAAAUCUACACAAAACCAUCGUCGAAAGUGGCAGCGCAGACACACAAAAGAUCUCGGUGCUCUACUAUAUCCUUCUCGAAUUUGACUAUCCGACGGGCCAAAGGAACUUUUCAGCGGCUCUCGAGCAAAAUGCUUUCUUGCCCGCCAAAUACCAGAUAUACAUGAAAGGUCUAUGGCAUCUUGAUCGGAAAGAAUUUGAGCUGGCACUGCAAUACCUUACGCAUCCGUCCUUAGUGCCAACAUUCGCAGAUGAAGUUCUCGAAGUUCUGGUCCGCUCUUCGAGCAAAGACCUUUCCCUGGCUUUGGCUUACUACCAUAUCGUACAACCAGCACUCGCUAGUCGUCAAGCAAUAGAAUGUUUAUUCUCAGCACUCGGACGCACGAGCGUCACGGAAGCAUUUUACUUCUGCAGAGGUCAGCCUGAAUACGCACAACGACAUAUGUUUGAGAUGUUAGUUGCUUUGGUUCUUAACAAUUCGUCUUCGGACACAAUUGCUCAACGGAGUAUCGAGCUCGUCAAUUUGCCCUUUACGAAGGAGGAGGAAGACUGGUUCGAGGAUUAUAUCCUGCGAGGUGAUGGGAGAGCUCUGAAGAAGGGCAAGGAUACACUUAUGAUGAGGAAGAUCGGUACUGGCGAUUUUGCAGAGUCACUGUCAUUAAAGGGCACGCACAGUCGCAGCAUUGGUGGCUUGGACUGGACUACGCUCUCGAAUGCUGUUGAAGAUGGUCUGGGUCCGCGACUGAAUACUUGAACAUUCGAUACUCGAGUCCGCAGUCACACAUAGCUGCGGCCAUAUAUUUUUGUUGAUCUCGUUGGAGGUGGCGUAGCGACAGGCGUUGAGGUUGAGAGGGAAGUCAUUUGACAGCCGGCCGGAUAUAUGGAUUUGCUGUUUACUUUCCAUUUGUGCGUGUCGUACCUGAACAAUAAUAGCUGGAUUCCCAUCACAGCUUUAGUCGAUAUCAUAAAAAGAAUAUCUCUAUUGUUGAGAUCACUGGCCCUCAACUGAGCU